UCUUGGGAGAUAUAUAUUAGUAGUAUCAAGUAUGUAUCACAUACCCCUUAAUUUUGUAUUACCACCAAUAGCAUACACCAGUUUAAGAAAAUAAAGAAAAUUAGGCAGAAGUUAUGGGUCUUAGCCCAAUAAAGCCAAUACAAGAGAAUACAAUCUGAACCAAAUUAAAGUAGUGAAGAGGCAGAAGUUAUGGGUCUUAUCCCACAAAUCUGUCAAAGCUCAGAUUUGGGAUACUUGUUAGUCAAGAGAGGUUAAAUUACGUUCAGUUUGUUUUUUAGAUUAUAAAUAUGCUUAGCGUUCAACCACAUUUUUGGGUGCUAAUCAUAUUCUGGUGACAUGGAUUUGUAUUUCUUCCAUUAACUCUGCGAUUGUUACUUUUGAAAAUAAAUUGAUAUAUGUGUAAUGAUAUCGUUACUGUAACCUCUAAUAGAUAUAUCUUUCAAAAAAUGCUAGCUUUGUUUAUAUUUUUUAAUAGAUACCAAACAAUCACAAGUGCUUACUACUGCAUGAAAUGGAUAGGCAUGACAAUGACAUCGUAAUUUUUUUAACAGUGUAAAUUUUAAUGUUUGGACUAACUAACAAAAAAAAGGACUAACUAACCAGAUUUUAAGUAGCGUUUGCUACGUUGCGUAUUUAAAUGAUCUAAAUAUAUAAAGAAAAUUGGUCUAAGAAAUGGCUUUCGGCCGUUAGGGCUUUAUUAGUUAAUUCCCCAUUUGGAGAGAACCCAAUUUAAGUGUUGGCUGGUAAGUAGAAAUGCCGUAAUUUACUCAAGUACGGACCAAUUAAUGAUCUUUUCUAUUUAAUAAUGGUAAAUUAUUAAGGUAUAGGCUAUUAAAAACCUUGUUGAGGUGUUGGAAUGGGUGAAAACAUGUGAUGCUACCAUGAUAGUAAAGAUUAAAUUUAAAAAUGUAGUUAGAGAGCAUUUAAGAAGAGUCAUUUAACAAGGUGGACGUAACGCAACAACAUUAGCCCAUAUAUACCCUCAAUCUUGUUUAUGUUCAUACAACUUCAUAAGUUACAACUAAAACAAGUGCAACUCCUCUAGGGUUUUUGUUAUGUGUAAUCCCAUUAGAGACGAUGGCUCUAGCCAAAGCGACAUGGUGCGUAAAGAGAAAAAACCAUAUUUUCAGAGAUAUUGGACGUCGGCUGAUAUAGCAAGAGCGUUAACCGUCACGACUGUGCACUUUUGGUGUCUCCUGGCGCCAUUUAACUACAAAUGGGAAGCAUUACGGUUCGGUCUGAUUCUCGCCGCAGUGACUAACCUGCUCAUCACAUUCUCGUACCAUAGGAACUUGUCUCAUGGGAGCUUUAAGCUCCCGAAAUGGCUUGAAUAUCCUUUUGCUUACGCUGCUGUUUUCGCUCUUCAGGGUGAUCCACUAGAUUGGGUGAGCAUACAUAGGUUCCACCACCAGUUCAGUGAUACGGACCGCGACCCACAUAGCCCUAAGGAAGGACUUUUGUUCAGCCAUAUCAUGUGGAUAUUUGACACCCUUUAUAUAAAAGAUAAGUGUGGUGGACGUAACAACGUGAUGGACUUGAAGAAGCAAUGGUUCUAUAGGUUUCUACGAAAGACAAUUGGUCUCCAAGUCUUAAUGUAUUGGACCGUCCUCUAUCUCUACGGUGGUUUACCUUACCUUACAUGCGGAGGGGGUGUUGGAGGUGUACUAGGGUACCACGUGACAUGGCUCGUAGCCUCGGUAGGCCAUACUUGGGGUUCGAGGCCGUGGAAGACUAACGACACAUCUCAUAACGUUUGGUGGCUAAGCUUAGUUACGAUGGGAGAUAGUUGGCACAACAAUCACCACGCGUUUGAGUGGUCGGCGAGGCAAGGACUGGAGUGGUGGCAGAUAGAUAUCACUUGGUACCUCAUUCGACUAUUUGAGGUUCUCGGAUUAGCCACAGAUGUGAAAUUGCCUUCGGAAUCUCAAAAACAGAAGUUGGCUCUCGCUCGUUGAUGUUUUAUUUUAAUUAAUCAUAAUCUUAUAAGAUUUGAAUUAUCGCAUGAGGCAGUAGUCAGAACUUAUUAUAAGUGAUCUAGUUUCUAAGUUCUAUAGUAACAACGACUAGAGAGAAUUAAAAUAAGUUCAAGAUUAUGGUUAUUUGUUUC